AUGGAGCUUCUUUUACGUGCAAAAAUUGGUGCCAAACCCAUAUCAACCUCUCUUGAUUCUAAGGUUGUCUUAACUGAGUAUGGUGGUAUAAAAUUCUCUGAUCCUACACCUUAUCGAAGUAUUGUAGGGUCCCUUCAGUACUUGACUUUCACCCGACCUGAUAUUGCAUUUUAUGUUAAUCGAGUUUUCCAAUUCAUGCAUGAUACAAAGGAAGAUCAUUGGACUGCCUUAAAGUGUAUCCUUCGGUACCUGAAGGGUACAUACGAGUAUGGAUUGUUUAUGCGAGCUGAUACCAACAACCAAUUGAGAGCCUUUGCUGAUUUUCAUUUUUCUUUAAAUUGGUUUAGUGAUGCUGAUUGGGCAGGUUGCCCUCAUUAUCGCAGGUCUACAAGCGGUUAUUGUAUAUUCAUGGGUUCUAAUUUAAUUUUAUGGAGUGUGCGGAAACAACCAACAGUGUCACGGUCUAGUAUGGAGACUGAAUAUAGAGCUCUUGCGACUGCUACAACAAAAAUCAUUUGGAUUUAA